UCGUCUCUGACCGGCAUCAGAAGUUUGCCCGCCAAUUCCCUCCAUAGACCUUGUUGAGUAGCUAGUGAGUAGGCGCCUGUGGAGGUGGACGGUGCAUGAAUUGCAGCAGCGACGGCGGGGCAGCGCAGCACGACCCGCCAGUGGAAGAAAGCGCCUGGUACCUAUCCAUUGGCUGUUCUCUGCGGGCAGGUUGGAGUGGUUCGUGAUAGGCUUGCGAUAAGGCGGUUAACUUGCUCCUGAAGGUGGCGACGGGAUGCUCAAGCGCACGGCGGGUGAAAAGUGCAUGGAGGCGAAAACCCGUCAACUGCAUGCAUGAACGAUAGGGCGUUUGUCGUGUCACGUUUCCCUCGCUCGCUCCUUCGGCGAGAAGAGAAGAAGCGCGCGAACUCUUUUUCGUUGUCGUUGCGCUCUGUCUUUCUGAUUCUCUUUCUUCCGCGUUAAUCGCUUGGUCUGGGCUUCUCUAUUUUUCACUGCUUCUGUUUUUUGAUCUUUUUCAACGGAGGGUAGACAUGUGUGUCUGUGGAAGACGCGGAUGUUUUUUUCAAUCGGUAUCUCUCGUCUUGUCGUUGGCUUGAGCAUGCAAGUAUUCAUUGUAAAUCAUUGACAGGCACAUAGAUUGCUAGAUAAAUAGAUAGAUAGAUGGAUAGAUAGAUACAUAGAUUGAUCGAUAGGUAGAGACACAGAUUGAUUGAUUGACUGAUGGACUGAUUCAUUGAUUGUUGAUCGUUCGAUGUCCGGGCAACUCAAUAUCCGGGCAGUUGUCGUUGCCCAACUCUUUCAGUAGUGACAUUAUUUGCCUCUCCUCGACGCCUGUUUCGUAUUCGGUAGUCGACUCCCUGGAGCCUUCCACGACUUUAUAAAGGUACGGAAUCCGGGUUGUUGUCGGUUAUACCUCCCACUCUCAGGUGCGUGUGGAGGUGACCGAAGAAGGACGGGAGUACCCCAAGUGUGACAGGAGAGUGCGAAAGCGUGAGGGGAAGGGCGAGGAACAACAGCUUUCUGGUGAGGCGGUAGUCUGAAGGGUUUUGCCGCAUAAUGAGCGCCGUGUCGGUGGCUUCCGCGUCCCAUUUCACGCCUACCGCGUGCGCGGCGGUUUCUGCGUUUGGAUCGUCUUCGAGGGUCAUGUACGAGAGCUUCUCACAGCGGCGGACGAAGCGGCCCCGAGCGAAGAAGGUGUCGUGGGCACCCGAUGAAAGACUUUGCCAGGUUCGGACGUUCGCCUCGGAUGAUGCCCCAUCCCAGUUCUCUAUGUCGAUGUUCCGAUCCCAGCAAGGUCAAGGUCAGCUCCAGAUGCAUUAUCAGCAGCAGCAGAUGGAGAGGAACAACAUGCCAAGUUUGCCUCCGGGUUUCGGCCCGAGGCCCUUCACUCGCCCGAAUAAUUCUAUGGCUGCUGUAGCUGCGAUGACGGCCCAACUCACUUGGCGCUCACCUGACGCGGUCGAGAUUCCUCCUUCCUGGCGUGUGGUGGCGGGAAAUGAGAGCAACGAGGUCGCUGUGCAGAAAGAGCGCGAAAACCGUGUGCUUGAGGCUGUAUAUCCUCGCCCCAGUGCCAUUCCAGACAGCCCUGCUGAGCCGGUGACCGCAGAGGAAGAUUAUGAUGACGGCAUGACGCCUUCCAUUUCGGUGGUCGCUCAGGAGGACGAGGAGAUGGCGGAGGUGCAAGAAGAUGGUGAGCAUAAUGAAAUGCGGGAGGAGGUACCGACGCCAGCGGCUCGAGAAGGGAAUCCAAACAUGUCUCCAUGGGUGGCGGCCUCGCAAGGCCAGGGUAUGUCUUUGCCAUGCAGGAAAUAUCUCCCCGUCGGUUCGAAAAGUACUGUGCAGGUUUGGGUGGCUCAGGAGACUUGACACGGGGUGGUGAGAGAGGGAAUGGUAGAGGGAGGGAGGGAGGGAGGGAGGGAGGAAGGGAGGGUAUUUGGGGAAUUGCUAGGAGGAGAAGUUUCUGGAAGGAGGACCUGGUGGUGGCCUGUGUAUCAAAGGAUUGUGACUCGAGUGAGGUGGGGAACGUGGAUGAAGCCUCCUUGCCCGAGGCAUGUGAAGCCAUGGAGUUUGUUGUCAUCAUUUAGAUGCCUAUGUUGGCUUUCAUGCAAAUCAGGAAGGAGUGCAGAUAAACUCACUCGUCGGUCGGCCCCUCCCUGGAUCGCUUUCACAGGAGUGUGUGAUGCUAGUUUUGUACAUUAUGACAACCGUAGAUGUCACACACUGUGAUACCUACCUCCUGCUCGAGAGGUCUUGUGUGUUCUGCUGCUGGCUCGGAAUCAGUAGAGCAGAGGGAUGGGGAUUGAUUUGAUUUGACAGAGGCUAUCUCGCAGUCAAAGGGAUUGUUUCUCUUCUCCUCGCCCUUCUUGCUUCCCCUGCCGCCCCCACACUGCACUCUGCCCCCUUGCCCCACUUGCCGCCCUUGCCCCCCGCUGUGCGCUGCAUGCCUCCUGCUCUUUCCUUGUUGAUAUGCCUGUUUUCUCGCCGAAGUUUCCCUGGCUCUGUCCUCCCUCUGAAGCAGCAUCCAACCGUUUGGUGCUUGACGGAGUGCCGGAUCCCGCAGAUAAGCACCCUUCACCCUCCUCGCUCGCUAAAUGGCAGCAGCAGAGUUGGAUUUCCUGCUUGCCCGAGUUUUUCCUAUUCCUAAUAAAGCAAUUAUCAAUGCCUUAAUAUGCUCCUCCCUUCUCGCAUGAACAGGUUCGACUUGAAUGGCCCGCUCACUCUACCCUCUUCCCUUAUUUAAGUGGUCUGAUAUUUAGUGGGGCAAAGCAACAAAACAGGUGACCUCGGCCAUUCAACGAUCGUCUUCCAAUCUUGGCCAACAUCUGCCACCCCCCCCUUGUGCGAUCUACAUACAGGUGUCGUUGUUUCUACUGCCCUGAAGAGAUAAGAUGAGCGUCUCGGUGCCAUCCCCGGCAAUUUGGAUACACGGAGAAGAGGAGCAGGGGAGGCUUUGGUUCUCCUUCCUCAAGUAACGGUCGGUCACAUGUAAAUUCUCUGUUUGGUUUCCACGCAGUUGUUUCAACAUGGCAGGCAUUCGUGAGCCCCGCCCAUGC